AUAUAUCACUAUGCCUAAUCUAGUGCUGAUAAAUACAUUACGCCGACAUGAUCGACCAACGAUUUUCGCACAAUUUUUCUUAUAUAGGACCAUGUUUUAAAGGUAUCUCACAUUAUUUUCAGGGUUAUACUGCACCAGACAUACAGCGAGUGAAAAUGAACAAAUUUUGGACCAUUUUUGCCGUUACGCUAUGCUGUCUAGUUGGCAGCUCAAUACAAUCUUCGUCGUCGUCGUCGUCGUCAUCGUCAAGUGAAUCAAACGAAAACGGACGACCCCCAUGGGUAUCCACUGGGCGCCCACCAUGGGUAUCAACUGGACGACCCCCGAUCAAUCGCAACCGAUGUGAUAGCGUACCAGAAGGAAGCCUCUUCCCUGCCCCGAACUGUGCCAACUUCAUUACCUGUGAAGGUGGUAGUGAACGCGAGGUAGCCUGUGUUCCUGAAGGUACACUCUUCGAUCACGAACGCCUUGUGUGUGAUCAUCCUGAGUUUGUGACGUGCUACAGCCAGGAAAAUCGAUGCACUGGCCGACAAAAUGGUACUCUCAUUCCGGCGGAAUCCUGCUCCAACUUUAUCAUCUGCAUGAAUGAGAUUGAAAACGAGGAGGUAACCUGUGCUCCGGCGGGAACUCUGUUUGAUCAUCAGCGUGAAGUUUGUGACUAUCCGGAAAAUGUGUUAUGCUGGGAAAGUGACAUGUGUGCUGGUCGUCCAGAUGGCUCUCUUGCCCCUUCGCGGAACUGCAGCAACUUCUUCAUUUGCGAGGAUGGUGCUAUAUUUGAAGAAAUAACAUGCCAACCGCAAGGAACGCAUUUUGACUGGGAGCGAGAAGUGUGCGACAUUCCGGAAAACGUGAAAUGUUGGGAAUCAGGAUCGAAUGGCAACAGUACGGAUCGACCUCCUACAUCUUCCGUUGCACCAACCCGUCCUCCACUGGACGUUAACGUGCCUAACGACAUAUGUCGGGGAGUUACGGUAGGAAUGAUUGCACAUCCAACGGACUGCACGCAAUAUGUGAUUUGCGUCUUAGGACAGCCUACCAUUCAACGAUGUCCCGAUAAUUUCAUCUUUAUCUCAGAGCUUGCCACGUGUGGUUUUGGUGAUCCGAAUACCUGUGUUGCUAGCCGAACAUGGGUAGAGGUUUACCAGAGAGUCGUUUCAUAUGUCCAUUAGAAUUAUUGUGAACGCAGCUAAUAUCUUUGAAUAUUAUCAUUGUCGUGAUAAUGUUUACUUCUGAUCAAUUACGGAUAUUUAGAAAAUAAAUUAAGAACAUCUGUUAUCCUGAAUGCGCGUCGAUAGUUGUCAUUUAUUGAAUAAUAUUGACUAUAUAAUAACAUAAGGAUUUCACAAUCAAUAAAUACAAUGAAUUUAAAUAUUAAAACAUUGAAAUGAAUGUAAUCCUCUCCCAAGUUCUUGCCUGUUGUAUUAAACGUGCUAUAAGUGAUAUUAGUUAAUCCACAAAUUUGUAAAAUUUGUAUUUGUUACAUCAUUACACGUUUUUCUUUAUGCCUAUAUUGAAUUAUAGCUUAUACGACAUUGCUCACCUUUUCACUAAGUUAUUUAUC